UGCCACACUUGCUAAAGAUUUCCGAUGAAGACAAAAGGAAAGACAUGAAAAACAAUUUUUUUCUGUGAAAUGAAAAUAUUUCAUUAUCUUUUGGACAGUGCUUAAAUAACUAUCUGUGGAAAAUAUUUUAGAAAUACUAACGUAAAUAAAUAAAGUCAAAGUCAAGUGCUUAAAUCAAACAAAAGCAGUGUGUGCCUAAAAUAUUAUCAGUGACUCAAACACGCAAAAAGUAAAAAUAAGAACCAACAUCACACACGAUGAAUUUAGUGGAGAUAAAUCCAUACGGAAAUGGAUUGUUAUAUGUCGGAUUUAAUCAAGAUCAAGGAUGUUUUGCUUGCGCAACGGACACUGGUUUUCGUGUUUACAAUUGCGACCCAUUGAAAGAAAAAGAGCGUCAAUAUUUCCCUGAAGGUGGACUAUGCCACGUUGAAAUGCUUUUCCGUUGUAAUUAUUUGGCACUUGUUGGCGGCGGCAUCAGGCCUCUAUAUCCACCAAACAAAGUAAUCGUUUGGGAUGAUUUGAAAAAAUCACCAGCAAUUUCUAUAGAUUUUAAUCAGCCCGUCAAAGCGGUGCGCUUGCGACGCGAUCGUAUUGUUGUAGUAUUAGAGGGUGUGAUAAAAGUGUUUACUUUCACACAACAACCACAGCAACUGCAUGUCUUUGAGACAAGUGCGAAUCCCAAUGGUUUAUGUGUGUUGUGCCCACAUAGCAACAAAAGUCUGCUCGCCUUUCCAGGGCGACGCACUGGCCAUGUGCAAAUAGUGGACUUGGCAAAUACAGAGCGCGCACCGCUGGAAGUUGUCGCGCAUGAAGCGUCCAUUAGUUGCAUUGCAUUAAACUUGCAAGGCACACGCUUGGCCACUGCCAGCGAGAAAGGCACUUUAAUACGCAUUUUCGAUACAGAAAAUGGCAAGAAACUCUGUGAGCUGCGGCGCGGUAGCAAUCAGGCCAAUAUUUACUGCAUCAACUUUAAUCAUCAGUCGACUAUGUUGGUGGUGUCUUCGGAUCAUGGCACCAUACAUGUUUUCAACUUGGAUGAUACCAAACAGAAAGAAGCAGCAUUUCCUAUGAUACCAAAAUAUUUUUCAAGCCAAUGGAGCUUUGUUAAAUUCUCCAUACCGCAAGGACCAGCAUGCAUCUGCGCAUUCGGCUCGGAUUCGAAUUCUGUUAUAGCCAUUUGUGCCGACGGUCACUAUUAUAAAUUCUUGUUCAACAAUAAGGGCGAGUGCAGUCGCGAUGUUUGUACACAAUUCCUGGAGUUGACCGAUGAUGAAGAGUAAAUGUGUUAAUGGCUUAAAAGCUGCUCAACUGUUUUAUUGAACAGUUCAGACGUCUCUUUAAUGCUUAUUGAAAAGUGUUUAAACAUAUAUAUAUAUAUUUUUAAUUUGUAGAAAAGUUUAUAUAAUAUUUGCAAGAAUUUGCAACUAUUGAUGGUAUCUUUGACUGGUUCGAAACAUACAUAUUACAUGUGGUAUUGGAAAGGCAUUUCGUUAGGUGAAAUGUAAUACAAAAUGUGUUAGAAUUUGUAAUUAUAUAAGUUUGUGAAGAAGGCUCGAUAAAAUGUUAUAUUUUUUAUUUUGCUUAAAAAUAAAUUCUAUUUACAUUAUAUACACACACGCAUACGUACACACGCACGUAUCGCUAGAAACGCAAUAAUUUUGGUUUUUCAAUGUACUCAUUUUCGUUCUUCUUUAUAUUUUGUAAAUAAUAUUUUUAAUUACAAAACUAUAAAACUGUAAACCAUACAUAUGUAAUGUAAGCAAUUCCAUAUGUUGUAGCAAAAUAAAUAUCUCACGAUAUAGUAAGUGAACUGUGUAUA